AUGGUGGUGAAUUUCAGAAGGGACAAGGGUCAUCUUCAUCCCCUACACAUCAGAGGAGGAGCUGUGGAGGUGGUCUCCUGCUACAGCUGGGUUGGUUCCUAUGUCAAUCAGGUGGUACGGGACGCUCUGAGGGAUGACAGGAAGGUGAUGACGAAGAGUUCAGCUGUUGAUUUGGUGACUCAAACCGAUGAGAAGGUGGAGCAGCUCAUCAUCCAGUCUGUAAUGGAGAAGUUCCCCAAACACAGGCUGCAGACGGCAGGAAUACCGGCUCCAGAACCUCUGCUGCUCAGAAGUCACGUUCUGCUGAUGGGCUUCAUCGGGAAGGACAACUUACCUGCUCCUCUGCUGAAGAAUGCCACCCUGUCAGAGUCCAAGGCCCGAGAACUCUAUCUGCAGGUGGUGCAGAACAUGAGGAAAAUGUUUCAGGACGCUCGUCUGGUCCAUGCUGACCUUAGCGAGUUUAACAUGCUGUACCACAACGGAGAUGUCUACAUCAUUGAUGUGUCUCAGUCGGUGGAACAUGAUCAUCCUCAUGCUCUGGAGUUCCUCAGGAAGGACUGCAGUAACGUGAACGAAUUCUUUGGGAAACGAGGCGUCGCCAUCAUGACAGUCAGAGAGCUGUUUGACUUCAUCACAGACACAUCCAUCACCAGCCAGAACAUGGAGCAGUACCUGGAGAAGGUCAUGGUGAUUGCCGCAGAGCGAACAUGUCAGCAGAGGUCGGAUCAGGACAGAGUGGACGAGGAGGUGUUUAAGAAGGCGUACAUUCCCAGGACGCUGACUGAGGUGGACCAUUAUGAGCGAGAUGUGGAACUGAUGAGUGCCAAGGAGGGGAACUCUGCUGACAGUGGACACCUGGACCAUAUUCUUUACCGGACCCUGACGGGCCUGACGAAGGAUCUCUCUGGAGUUCAGACGGUUCCUGAACUGCUGGAGAACCAGCAGCAGUCGUCAUCGGAGGAGGAAGAGGAAGAGGAAGAAGAGGAGGAGAAAGAGCAGCUGGAAACCUCCAUGGAUCGAAAGGAGAGGAAGAGGAUGGUGAAAGAAGCUCAGAGAGAGAAGAGGAAGACUAAAGUACCCAAACAUGUGAAGAAGAGGAAGGAAAAGGUGGUAAAGAUGAAAAAGGGGCAGUGAAUUUCAGUCUCUUAGGUUCAUAGGUCACAGAUUAGGCAGCCAAUCACAGAUCAGAUCUUUCAGUCAGCCUCAUCGCCACGGUAACGGCGGAUUCUGGUUCCAACCUUAACAAUUGGUCUGAUUUUCUUCUGUGAAUAAAGUUUCUGAACAUUA